CGCACCACCACCAAGCAGCACCGACGAACCACCGAUCAUUCAACAAUUGCACGAUGGUCGCUCCCUCAGAACCCCUCCCCGCUCCCUCCGUCACCGCAGCCCUCGAUGUCGAAGGCUCCGCCCCCCUCCGCCUCAUCCAAGUCGACGCCCUCGUCGUCAUGAAAAUCAUCAAACACUCCCAAUCUUUCUUCCCCUCCCCCGUAACCGGUCAACUCCUCGGCCUGGACGUGAACGGCGUGUUGGAAGUAACCUCCUCCUUCCCCUUCCCCUCCGCCGGCGCAGACGGGAAAGCUGCUACCGCGACUGGUGGUGCAGGGGGCGCGAGGUAUCAGGCUGAGAUGAUGAGAUGCCUGCGCGAGGUGAACGUGGACAAUAAUACCGUCGGAUGGUACCAAUCCGCAUACCUCGGCUCCUUCCUCAACUCGCAAGUUGUCGAAGCCCAAUUCGCCUACCAAAAAACCCUAUCCGAGAAGAGCGUCGUCCUCGUCCACGACGUGUCCGGCGGCGCCCGCUCCAUGCUCCGCGCCUUCCGCCUCUCAAAAGGCUUCGUCCAAUCCUACAAAGAGGGUAAAUUCACAGAAGAAUCAUUAGCGCGAAACGGCGUCACGCACCGUUCCAUCCUCGAGGAACUCCCCCUCGAAAUCAAGAACUCGCAUCUCCUCACCACGCUCCUGCAUUCUGCACCUCUUGACCCGGAGGCGGGGUUGAGUUUGACGGCGCCGUUGACCCCGAAUUUGGACAGUGUGUUGGAUUUGGUUAUUGAUCCCUACCUCGAGAAAAAUCUGGAAUUCUUGUUGGAGGCAGUCGACGAAUACCAAUCCGAGACCUCGAACCUGCAAUACCACCAACGUGCCCUCGCCCGCGAACAAUCCCGGAUUAACACCUGGCUCUCCCGUCGUCGUGCCGAAAACCUCCAGCGCUCCUCUUCUGGCCAGCCGCCGUUGGAUGAGGAUUGGAAGAAGACGGGGAUGUUCAAGGUUCCGCAGGAGCCGAGUAGGUUGGAGGGGUUGUUGGUGAGUGCGCAGAUUGAGCAGUAUUGUGGGCAGGUUAGUGGAAGGGCGGGGGGGGUUUUGGGGAGGAUGUAUGGGGUUAGGGAGGGGGUUGGACGUUCGGAGCCGUGAGCGAGCCCUGGCGGGCUUGAGAUAGAAUGAGAAUGAGCGUGAAGUGAGUGUGAGGAUAAAAUGAUUAUGGGUUUGAGUGGAGAGAUGAGGAUGAGGACAGCGGUGUGUAUAGUCAGUUGUGUGUGCCAAGCAAGGCGCAACUAUUAUAUCCGACCAUUUUGGUCACAAGAGCAUAUGUUUCGAAUUGAAUACGUUAUAGAUGUCACCCUUUCAUGUCAAUUCGGUGGACGUCGUUUAAUAUAACGCUUGCAACAGGGCUACGGGUGAACUUGCCUUCCUUUGACGAUCUUCUUUGCAAUUCUUGCUCAAUCUGC